AUGAAUGUAUUAUUAAAGUUUUUUGCAGCUGGUAGUUAUGCUAUUAUUUAUAUAUAUGUCAAUGAAUUAAUUCGAACAGGAAUAAGAAAUACUGGAAUGGGUAUUUGUUCAAUCGUUGCACGAAUUGGAGCAAUUGUUGGAACAACAAGCAAUGAUAUUUUAACUCGACUCUGGAUUAAUCUACCAACCGUUUUGUUUGGUAUUUUAUCACUUAUAGCAGCUUUUCUUGUUUUAAUGUUACCCGAAACAUUAAAUAGAACAUUACCACAAACAAUUGAAGAUACUGAACAAAUGGGUUUAACUUGGUAUGUAAUUAUUAUAUUAAAAAUAUUUAAAAAAACUUUUCAAAAUAAAUUUAUUACUUGUAUUCGUGACGAUCAACGAACUUCAGAACAGGAAGGACAAAUUAAUAUUAAGAAUAACGAUCAUGAUUUAAAUGAAGAUCGAUUAUUGAAUGAAAAUUUAAAAGGAAUUAAUGAUUCUUAA